AUGGCUCGUGUGAAACAAUCGACCAGACAAUAUGAAAAAGGAGUAAUAACUUGGACGCGAUUCCACCUACCGUUGGAGAAGGAGUGGCCGACAUGGGCCGUUCCCCACGACGAUGUGCACGUCGGCCCGCUCGCGGAUGUGAAAGGCGUGGGAACCAUUUCGCUCGCAAGGAUGGUUCGAAAUCCUGAGCAGGCCGCUUACAUCAUUGUCUGGGAUACCAUGGAGGAUAUACAGAACUUUGAAGCCUCUCCUGCCUGCAGAGAAUUUUUGCAAAACCUGCCCGAUAAUAGCUCUAUGCCAGCCGCCAUCGAGUCUGCGUCAGCUCUGAGCCACCUCACUCUGAACGAUGGACCUUCCUCCUCCUCGUCAAUGGCGUCGCCGUUGUCACGGCUUUGUACCCUUAAACAUGUCAAGGCCAUCCCGACAGCUGAAUUAGAGGGCCGCGUUACGCUAAAUCUCUUCUUGAUACCACGUAAAGACGACAUUUCCACAAUGAUGACGUGGUAUCAGAGACUGAAAGAAGUACUUGGCUGCUUUCUCCCUCGCGGCUUCGAGUUUGUGAAAUGGCGGCCCCGAUUCAGUUGGCAAUACUUGACGCUGUGGUUUUGGGUUGUUUCUGAAGACCAAUGGAUAGAAAAAGCAUUUGGCAAGCUUGAAAACCCUCAGGGAGAAGAAAGCCAGGGGCGCACCAUAAUUUGCGAGUUCCACGUCUGGCCGAUCCAAGGAGCCGACCUGGAGCAAGAAAACGCAUUGGCGACAGACCCCCAAACAAGGGAGUCGUGGAGCGAGUCUGUGGCCAGGGUGAUGCCUCCCGUCACAGCCUGGCAGCAGGAGCGGUGGGAUGCACGUCAAGUUCCGCGGUUUCUCCCUCCUGAAGAGAUUGAUCCGGAAGAUUCAGAGUGCGAGAAAGAAUUGGACGAAAUGCGAGAUGAGCUCGGGGAAAAGUCGGAAGAUUGA